AGGUGUUUUGGGUGGUUUGGUCGGAGCUGUGCAGAAGCAGCAAGCUACACCAGUAGCGUGUUCAGGCAAUCAAACAUGGCUCUGAAAACUGCGGGAACCGCGCUGUCCCGCACCUUGUGGGCCAGGGGCAACCGCACCCCUCCUCUGGGACGGUCCCCGAGGGCGAACCGAUUCUCCAGCACGUGCAGGGCGCUGGGAGCGGCCGAGCAGGGGGACAAAAGCGACGCGCCAGGGCAAAGUGGCGAGGGAGAGCCCCCACACAAGAGCCCGUCUGCGGACAAGAAGCGGCUGAAGGAGGCGGUGGGGGCCCCGGGGGGCACGGGAGUCAGGAGGCGCUCGUUCACCUCCAACGCCGCGCCGAUGGACCAGACGUCCUAUCUGUGGACGCGAUACAACGACAUGAAGCGGCUUGUUUACGACCUGAUCCCACCAGGGGCGUGUAAAAGCCUCAACUCCACGGUCAUCUACGCCAACAACGAGGUCAACCUGUCCGAGGUGGACAUCUAUGGCUUCGACUACGACUACACUCUGGCUCAGUACUCCAGCACUCUCAACACGCUGAUCUACAACACAGCCAGGAGCUUCCUGGUCGAGCAUUUUAAGUACCCCAAAGACAUCGGUAAAUACGACUACAUCCCCAACUUCGCGGUGCGGGGUCUUCACUACGACAUCCAAAAGGGUCUCUUGAUGAAAAUCGAUGCCUUUCAUUACAUUGAGCCAGGAACAGUGUACCGGGGUCUGAGUCCAGUUCCUGACGAGGAGGUCCUUCAGCUGUAUGGGGGCACCUUCCACGUCCCCCUCCAGCAGGACAGCGGCUUCUAUGGAAAGGGGCCAAAGGUGAAGCAGUUCAUGGAUAUUUUCUCCAUCCCUGAGAUGACCCUCCUGGCUGUGGCCAACGACUUUUUCAACACCAACGACAUCGACUACGAUCCAGUUCACCUUUUCAAAGAUGUGUCUGAAGCCAUCGGCAUGGUUCACCUGAAGGGCUUCAUGUACAAGUGGGUCAUGCAGGAUCUUGACAAGUUCAUCCUGAGGGCCAAAGAGACGGAUUCUGUUCUGCAUCGACUGGUCGGUCAUGGAAAGAAGCUUUUCCUCAUCACCAACAGCCCCUUCAGCUUCGUGGAUAAAGGGAUGACGCACAUGGUGGGGCAAAACUGGAGAGACUUCUUCGACGUCGUAAUCGUGCAGGCAGACAAGCCGCACUUUUUCACCGAUUGUAUUAAACCUUUUAGGCGCUUGGAUGGAAACGGAGACCUUCAGUGGGAGAAGAUCAACAGCCUGGACAAGGGACAGAUUUACAAACAGGGGAACUUGUUUGACUUCCUGAGGCUGACGGGCUGGAGGGGAUCAAAGGUUCUCUACUUUGGAGAUCAUCUUUACAGCGAUUUGGCUGACCUGAUGCUGCGACACGGCUGGAGAACGGCAGCCAUCGUCCCCGAGCUGGAUCAUGAGACCAAGGUGGUGAGCGCUCACCAGUACGCGGUGACCCUCACCUGGCUGCAGGCUUUAACCGGCCUGAUGGAGCGCCUUCAGGUACACCGAGACCCACGGUCCAAAAAGGUGUUUGAUGAGUGGCAGAAAGAAAGAGAAGAGCUGCGGGUGAUGACCAAGAACCUGUUCAACCCCCAGUUUGGCAGCAUCUUCAGAACCUGCCAUAACCCCACGUACUUCUCCAGGCGCCUGAGUCGGUUCUCGGACAUCUACAUGGCCUCGCUGAGCUGCCUGUUGAACUACGACCUGUCGUACACCUUCUACCCCCGCCGCACCCCGCUGCAGCACGAAGCCCCACUGUGGAUGGAUCAGCUGUGCACGGGCUGCAUGAAGACGCCUCACUUAGAAGAUAUGUCGCACAUACGAUAGGAGCCGUGCUCUCUGACUCCUGGAGGUUUACAAUGGUGGUCAGGUAAACGCUUGACAAGGCUGGUGGACAUGGUUUAUUUAACAGUGUGUGUUUAAACCCAAGAGGGUACUGUUCAGGUCCCUCCACAGGUCGCUACAGUGAAAACCUUAUGCGAGAAUCCACCGGAGGGCGCUGCACCUCCGUCGGAGCCCGAGACAUUUGUGGACUCGAGGCUUGACGGGCGUUGGUUUUGUAUUGCCGAGCUGCAGAUGCACAUUUAAAACAAACAAGUAAAAAAAAAAUUCUUUUUUAUGUGUUUCAUUAAUUUGUAAGCUGUACACUUCUCAUGUAAUGUAUGUACACUUACGCAAAAUACCUCGGUGUAUUAAAUGGAACAUGUACAGUCAAGUGAAAACUUACCUUUGAUGAAUAAACGGGUGCAUCCAGA